AUUUAUGUAGAAAAAAGGCCAAGGACAAGAAUAGUAUCCACCAAAUCGACUUGUUUUAUAUUGCACAUGACUACAUCAAAAGAAAUGCUUUCUCGUGAAAGUAUAUUGUAAUCGGAAAACUUUCAGAUUAAACUCGGCAUUCAGGUCACAAGGCUUCAGAACAUUGACUAUAGUAUUGAAGAUAUACAUUUUUGUUGUUUUGCUUAUGGUCAACCGCUCCACAGCCACCAGACUGAACUAAUCAAGUGCCUAUCGUCCAGCUGAAGAACAGCAAGAUGGCGCAGGCUAUAUUCGAGGUACUCGAAGGCAUGGAUAAUCAGACGGUAAUGGCAGUGCAGUCAUUGCUGGACGAUCAAGGAGGUGUUCCUGACCCCAACAGCCAAAAUGUUUCUGGGACGCAGGCUAUCCAGUCGAUGGAUGAUGAAGAUGUGUUUUUGUGCGGGAAGUGUAAGAAGCAGUUUAACUCUCUGCCAGCCUUCAUGGCACACAAGCGGGAGCAGUGCCAGUCCAACGCUCCCUCGCUGUCCACCGUGUCCUUGGCCUCCACCAAUGCCUACACACCGGUUCCCUCCAUUACUUCAGGACCACAAGCUAAUGGCAACAGGCAGGUGUCCACCUACAUCACAGUCCCGCCCUCCCCUCUAACGCACACGCUGGUCCAAGGCAACGUGGUGGUCAGCGACGACAUUCUUUUGUCGGCCAUCUCAGCUUUUACUUCCAUCGAGCAGCCUAUGACCUCCAUGCAGACACCCGUACAGAGUAACCCAAGCAUGCAUACAAGUGGUGUAUCGUACCUUCAGCAUCACCACCAUCAUCACCAUCACCACCAACAGCAGCCCUGUCACACACUUCCUCCGAGCCAGACGCCAGCCCACCCACUGCCAGCAGGACAGCCCGGCCAGCAGCCUCUGCCCUCUUCGCAUGCCGUCGCCAGCUACGGCAACUCGGUGGUUCAGGUCUAUAGCGCACUGCCGCACAUGGUCGGCGCUGGUAAUGCAGAGAUCCACACGCUGGGUCUGCAUCCAUUCCAUCCUGUGCAAGUGCCCAGCCAGUGUGUGGAGAGCCAGUCUUUCACUACGCCUCCCAUCUACAGUCCAGGAAAAGUGGGCACCAAAACAAAGACAUGCAGUAUCACCAGCAACACAACGGAGUUGAACGAGUUUGAAAAACUGAUUGGCCCCAAACGGCAGCGAAGUAGUAAAAAAAGCUCAGAUGGAGGCUUAGAUUCGCUGAAAUCCAAAGGUCCAAAGCUGAAGUGCAGUUUCUGUGACAAAAUCUUCUCCAAGAACUUUGAUCUUCAGCAGCACAUUAGGAGUCAUACAGGAGAGAAACCCUUUCAGUGCAUCGUGUGCGGUCGAGCCUUUGCUCAAAAGUCCAAUAUGAAGAAGCACAUGCAAACACAUAAGGUGUGGCCUGUGGGCGUGGCUAGCACAGUGUCAAGACUACCAAUCACUGUAAAGGUCGUGCCCAUGUCAGCCAAUGAGGAGGCGGCUAGCGGGGAUCUGCAGCAGCAGUGCGAGCAGGAAGAGGCGGACCUUGAGCACCAGGCGACACCGGAAGACAAUACAGUACCAACGGGUUUGACCACAGAAGCUUCAGGGGAAGCUGAGGAAAGCGUUCCAGAGGCCCAGGCUGAUUUGGAGGGCACUUGUGGGGAGUCUGUGCCCGCUCAGCCUCACAACCAAGAGGGUCCAGCUCAAAUCAAACAGAUUGUAAUGGUUGACAGCUCCUAUCAGUGCCAGUUCUGCCCCAGCAAGUUUAAGACCUACUUCCAGCUGAAAUCCCACAUGACCCGACACAAAGGGGAACAGGUUUACAAGUGUGUGCUCAAGUCUUGCUCCCAGACCUUCCAGAAGUUGGAUCAGUUCCUGGAGCACAUCAGGACUCACCAGGAGCAGCUGACCUACCGCUGUCACCUCUGCAGCAAGGUGUUUCCCUCUUUGUUUGAAUUGGGAGUCCACCAGUACUCAAACUGCUUCUGUCCACAGCAGAACGCACGCAAGGAAACCACGUUUUACAGAUGUGCAAAAUGCCAAUGCAGAUAUUCGACCCAAGAAGCGCUGGAACAGCAUCUACUGACUGCUUCACACAAUUUUCCUUGCCCACACUGUCAAAAGGUGUUCCCAUGUGAGAGGUACUUCAGACGCCAUUUGCCCACUCAUGGCAUUGGAGGGAGAUUCAAGUGUCACAUCUGCAAGAAGGUCUUCAAGACCGAACACUACCUCAAACAACACACGAGGAUUCACUCAGGGGAGAAGCCCUUCAAAUGCUCCAUGUGUGAUGCCACUUUCAACAGAAAGGACAAAGUCAAGCGCCACAUGCUCAUACACGAGCCCUUCAAAAAAUACAAGUGUCCUUUCAGAACUCACGUGGGCUGCUCUAAAGAAUUCAAUAGACCAGACAAGCUAAAGGCACAUAUUCUGUCACAUUCAGGCAUCAAGCCCUUCAAGUGUCUGUUCUGUCAGAAGGCAUUUAGUCGCAGGGCUCACAUGCUUGAGCACCAACAGUUGCACACGGACAAUUAUCGCUUCCGAUGCUCCAUCUGCAACAAAGGUUUCUCUAGACAGAGUUACUACAGAGACCACAAAUGUUCAAACAAGAACGACAAAAGACGCGAUGGAGAGACCACGGAGGAGGACGUGGAGCGGGACAGAGGAGCCUCACAAGCCGGGAGGAGAAAUGGGGGCCUGCUCACGAGGCAGACGAGGAGGUUGAGGACUGGCAAACUCGAGGUGAGGGAAGAAGACAACCAGGAGGAGGCAGGAACAGACGUGGAUGAGGGUGAGCAGGACUCGACAGACGAAGGGGGUCAAAAUACGUCGGCCAUGGGCGGCGUCGAAGGUGACGGGCUUAAAGGGGAGGCAUCGCAUUAGACUUUCCUCCUACGCUAUGCUUGGUAGUUUACUUGUGUAAUUCAGAUUUUGUUUUACAUUAAAACGUUAUUGAAAAUAAGAUGAUACAUUAUGUAAACAGUGUGUCCAUUCAUUCGUUUAUCAUGUUAAUUUGGCAAAUAAAUGUUACCGGUUUAUCAGUGACAUGGACAGGGCAGGAUCCCCAUGAUGUAUAGACGUCACACCAGAGAAUCAAAUUACAAACACGUACACACACGACUAGAAUGUGUGAGAUCAGAUUCUGUGUGACUUGCAACAGAAAAUAUCCAGCAGUUUUUCCCUUCAUUGAGUGUCAUGAGUUAAAUUCCAUUUCUUAGUCAGAAACCUACACACUACAAGAUAACAAUGAAAGAGGGAUUAUUACUUUUAACCCAACACAAAAGAAUAACAUUUAAUGAAAAACAGAUGCUAAGUUAUCUUUUUGAUAAAAUUCUCAUCUGUACAUCCUGAGACCUUUUCAAUCCAGUUUAGAAUCAUACCAACAGACGCCAUCUUGUGGUCAGGCUGAUUUUGUGAGCCCUCAAUGAGGGGAGCAAAAUUUCCAAGUUGUGAAUUAAAUUUACACCCAUAAAAUUAUAUUUCUCACAGGUGUAAAAACAGUGCAUC